CCGUCUCUUUACGGUCUCUUCCCCAGCGACUGAGCUAGGUUGAGUCCCCGGCACGGAGUAAUAAUACUGACACCCGCGACUGACUGAAACCAAGGGGAAGAUGGAGCACAGAGACCCUCAUUUCAACAUAUUGUUAGCUACCGAUUCUUAUAAGGUGACACACUACAAGCAGUACCCUCCCAACACCAGUAAAGUGUACUCCUACUUCGAGUGCCGCGAGAAGAGAGCUGACCCGACCAAGAACAGAAAAGUCAAGUAUGAGACGACGGUCUUCUACGGCCUGCAGUACAUCACCAACAAAUACUUAAAAGGGAAAGUGGUGACUCCAGAGAAGAUCCAGGAAGCGAAGGAGGUGUACAGGGAACACUUCCAGGAUGACGUCUUCAACGAGAAGGGCUGGAACUACAUACUGGAGAAGUAUGACGGCCACCUACCCAUAGAGAUCAAGGCGGUGCCGGAGGGAAGUGUGAUCCCACGGGGUAACGUCCUCUUCACCGUGGAGAGCACCGACCCAGAAUGCUACUGGCUCACCAACUGGGUGGAGACCAUCCUUGUCCAGGUCUGGUACCCUAUCACCGUGGCGACCAACUCCAGGGAGCAGAAGAAGAUUCUGGCCAAGUACCUGCUGGAGACCUCUGGCAACCUGGACAAGCUGGAGUACAAGCUGCACGACUUCGGCUACAGGGGAGUUUCCUCACAAGAGACGGCAGGUAUCGGAGCCUCUGCCCACCUGGUGAACUUUAAGGGCACAGACACAGUGGCUGGCAUCGGCGUGAUUAAGAAGUACUACGGCACCAAAGACCCUGUGCCUGGCUUCUCUGUGCCCGCCGCGGAGCACAGCACCAUCACGGCGUGGGGGAAGGACCACGAGCGAGAUGCCUUUGAGCACAUCGUGAGGCAGUUCCCCAACGUGCCCGUGUCUAUCGUCAGUGACAGCUAUGACAUCUACAACGCCUGUGAGAAGAUCUGGGGAGAAGACCUGAGGAGCCUCAUUGAGUCGCGCAGCGCUGACGCCCCACUGGUGGUCCGUCCCGACUCAGGGAACCCCCUGGAUACCGUGCUGAAGGUGCUGGAGAUCCUGGGGAAGAAGUUUAUCCCUACGGAGAACUCCAAAGGCUACAAAGUUCUGCCGCCCUAUAUCAGAGUUAUACAGGGGGACGGAGUGGACAUCAACACCCUGCAAGAGAUCGUGGAGGGGAUGAAGCAGCAUCGGUGGAGCAUUGAGAACAUUGCCUUUGGCUCUGGAGGGGCUCUGCUGCAGAAACUGACCAGGGAUCUGCUCAACUGCUCCUUUAAAUGCAGCUACGUGGUCACCAACGGCCUGGGGGUGAAUGUGUUCAAGGACCCGGUGGCGGACCCUAACAAAAGGUCAAAGAAAGGUCGUCUGUCUCUGCACCGGACAGCGAGCGGGGACUUUGUCACUCUGGAGGAGGGCAAGGGAGACCUGGAGGAGUACGGCGUGGACCUGUUACACACAGUGUUUCAGAAUGGGAAAAUUGUCAAGACGUACACGUUCGAUGACGUCAGAGACCAUGCCAAGAUAACGGACAGUGACCUCAAGGACCUCCUCCACUGAGUCGGCUACUGACCCCUGAACCCCUGACCUCCAUCACCCCACCGGAGGCGGCACACUGCUAAUGACGCCCCCCUUCCCUCAAACCCCACCCUCCCAGAAGCACUGUCCUCCACUGGAGAGGAGACACACACACACACACACACACACACACACACACACACAAACCUACACCUGAGUGAAGGCCAAGGGAUAGAGAAAGUAGGGAGGGAGGGAGGGAGAGCAAGUGGAGUGAGUGAAACAAGUAAUUGAUAAAGAUUAAGGGAGUUGAGUGAGAUAAAUGAGAGCAAAAGAGAGAUGGAGAUAGAAGGAACACAUUCACACUGACUAUACCCUGUGUUGUGUGUACAGAGCUGUUUAAAGUCAUUCAUAAUCUACUUAGUUAGUGUUGUCUUUUAGUGAUGGAUGGAAGGUUAUCGUGGUAUAUAAAUCAUUUAAACUGCGGUUACGUUACAGUGUUUAUAUGACCAAGUGUCGCUAUACAUUGAUCACAGGAAAGGAGAUAUUGUUUCUACUGUGUUCAUGAAAGUUCCCGAACUUUGUGUGGUUCUAGAACUGAGAGGUAUAUGUUUAAUGUUCCUGAGUGGAUGUUUGUGUGUGUGUGUGUGUGUACUGACAGUUUCUUCCUUUUUAAAGGAACGUUGUAUUCCUUUAUGCAAAUGAAUUUGCUGAUCACGGGAACACAUACUCUACCUUUUUAAGUUGUUGGCCUUUUUUUAUUUAUUUUUUUAUUUUAAAAUACGUUUUCCCCUGGGUCUUUAGAAGACACUACCCACACAUGAGCAAGUCGCCAUAUAGAAGCCAGCUAAUCAUGUUGCUAAAACACUGUCUACAGAACUGCACGACACACUCUGUAUGAAAUGGCACCCUAUUCCCUUUACCAGUAAAAAGUAUUGCACUGAAUAGGGUGUCAUUUUGGACUCACACACAGAGUCAAAUCUCUCUAUUUGUGGCACCUUUUUAUUUGUGUAAAAGUGCAAAUAUUUGUUACACAUACAUUUUUCUUUGCUUUGGAGAACAGUAAAGGCAUUUGUCGCUGAUAUUGAAUUAUGGGGAAAAUUCCCGUAGAGCUUGAUUUUGAUACCAUUGUGGUUGGUUCUUACCUCCAGAAAUCAUUUAUUUUUUAUGACAAAGGUAAAUAUUGCCAGAUUAUUUGCAGUAAAUCUUCAUAUUUACAAGGAUGUGGCCAAACUGUCUUCUCACGUGUAUAUAACAACUGCAUUAUACUGCGAGAGGGCAGGGUAGGGAGAAAUAGGGAUAUAAUUGUAAUUUUUUUGUCUAAUUCCCAUUUUCUACCAAUACAGAAUCCUCCACACUGCUUGUUUGUUGUAUGACAGGUGUUAUGUCAGCUUUUAGCAAAUGUUUGUUUGUGUGUAGAAUAGUGUUACAUUCUGGUAACUUUCCCAGAAACCCCGAUUGAAAAAUUCCGGGAAUCAGGAAGGAAUACGCUCGGAAUCCAGAAUCCUCCAACCAAGAUUUCAUGAUGACCGGAAUUUUACAAUCCUGGUGUAGUCUUGUGUGAAUGCUGUUUAGAAAAUAAUACUUGUGAAUUCUAUUUUUGUUUUGUUAUAUGUUGGUUGUCCCAAAUUGUUUCCCAAAACUGAACAUAUCUGAUAUUUUAAACUAAUAUCUGUUGCAAUGUCUACAUAUUAAAAACACCAUCCUGUCAAUUU